AUGUACAUCUACAUAAUCGCCGGGGUGUCCGCAGCGGUUCUGCUAUGUGCGAUCAUAGUUGUUAUCCGAUGCGUAAUCCACAGACAGAACCCGGAUCAGCCUAAAGGACCAGACGUCUCCGCCACAACAGACAUCCCUAACGGCUUCAACGACAGCAUAUCAGAAGUGGACAACGACAUAAACAUCACAAGUCUCUCCGGACCAAUCGAUAUGACGGACGCGAUGAAGCAAGACAUCACGAACGUAGCUCUGAGCCCCAAAAUCAAUCGGUACGUGGGCCGACCGGUCCCCAAUACAUACCCUCACAUGAGCAGUAACAUGUACGGUCAGGUCGCAGAAUAUCCCAUCGAAAUGCCGCUAAGGACGAUGCCUCACGGCACAUUAGGCCGUGGGCUUGCGGUCAAAACUCUCCCUAGAGUGCAAGUGCAAACCGAAAUGGACCCUAACACGAGGAGUUUAUAUCGCUAUUCGAACGCCCAGUACUAUUUCGGGUGA